CUUUGCGCUCUAUGAAUGCGAGUUGAUCGAACACAUGAGAGUUCUUACCGUUCAAUCUUGAUCUACAUCUGUCUUUCUCAAUUUCUAAUUCUUGGGAUUUAAUCCCCAACCAAAAGAAACCAUGACACGCACCCUCCUACCCAUCCUCUCCGCCCUCCUCCUCUUCCUCACAGGCGUACAAGCCCAAUUCCAAUUCUUCGAACAAAUGUUUAACGGCCAAGUAACUUCCCCCUCCCGUCCCUUCCCCCCAUCCCCCCCUCUCCCUCACCCCCCAAAAACUACCACCACCAACCCAACCAACUAACACCCCUCCCCCAAACCAGCAACAACAACAACAACGCCCCGAGCCUCAAAACGUCCCCUCGGACUCCUCCUGGUACCAAAAGAACUACGACACAGCCCACUGCUCCAACUACCUGUGUCCGGACACACUCGCUUGCGUCGCAGUGCCGCAUCACUGUCCAUGCGCGCACCCGACGUACGAGGAGAAAUUCGAGCUGGCGGAUGGGAAGGCGAUUUGUAUCUCCAAGGGGGGAUUUAAGGAGGGGGAGGCGGCGAGGAAAGUGGAGUUGGCGAGGAAGGGGUUGUUGUAGGGAUAGGG